CACUCUCUUCCGCCCUCUUACCACCACCAUGGCCAACCUCAAGCAAGGCGAGUUCGUCGGCUCUCUCGAUUGCGGCACCACCUCUACUCGUUUCCUCGUCUUCGACAAGUAUGCGAACAUCGUGGCUGAGCAUCAGCUGGAAUACCCGCAGUACUACCCCGAACCCAGCUGGCAUGAACAGGAUCCCGAGGAGUUGAUGGCGAGCUGCGACGCCUGCAUCGCUGAGGCGAGCAAAGCGCUCGAGGCGGCCGGGUGGGCCAAGGAGAGCAUCAAGGUCAUCGGCAUCACGAAUCAGCGUGAGAGCGCGGUGGCCUGGAGCCGCAAGACGGGCAAGCCGCUGUGCCGCCUGAUCGUGUGGGACGACUCGCGCACGAAGAACACGGUCGCGCACUUUGAGCACAAGCUGCAGACUGCGGGUAUCGAGGUCGCGCCCGGGGAGUUCAAGAAGGAGGAAGAGGGCAUCCAGGCGCUCAGGAAGCUGUCCGGCCUUCCGAUCUCGACCUACUUCUCGGCGAUAAAGCUGCGGUGGAUGAUUACCCACCACGAGAACGUCCGCAAGGCGCAUGAGGAGGAUGACCUCAUGUUCGGUACCGUCGAGUCCUGGAUCGUCUACCGCUUGGCCGGCGGCACGCAGUCGAACCUCCACAUCACCGAUGUGACCAACGCUUCGCGCACGCUGCUCAUGAACCUCAGUACUUUGGAGUGGGACCAUGUGCUGUUGAAGUUCUUCGAGAUCAAGGACUCUGUCCUGCCCAAGAUCGUCUCCUCAUCCGAGGUUUACGGCGAGCUUGCGUACGGCCCACUCAAGGGCGUGAAGAUCGCUGGUCUCGCGGGUGACCAGCAGGCGGCGCUUGUGGGCAACAAGUGCCUGAAGCAGGGAGAGGCGAAGUGUACAUACGGCACUGGCGCAUUCCUGCUCUUCUGCACGGGCGAGGACAUCGUACAGAGCGGGCACGGACUUCUGUCGACGGUAGCAUACCGUGACGGAAACAACAAGCCCGUCUAUGCUCUUGAGGGUAGUAUCUCCGUUGCCGGUAGCGCAAUCAAGUGGCUUCGGGACUCGAUGAAGAUGGUUCAGUCGGCGCCCGAGGUGAACACUCUCGCCGAGUCUGUCCCGAACACCGGGGGCGUGUACUUCGUUACCGCCUUCUCUGGUCUGCUUGCGCCUUACUGGGACCCCGGAGCGGCGGGUCUUCUCAUCGGUCUCUCGGCGUACACGACCCCGGCACAUAUCUGCCUCGCCACCAUCGAGGCGAACGCCUUCCAGACGCGUGCGAUCCUCGAGAACAUGAAGCUCGACUCGAACGCGGACCUGAAGCACCUCAUGGUCGACGGCGGCAUGACCAACGGCGACAAGGUCAUGUCCGUCCUCGCUGACCUCGGUGGCUUCACCGUCAUCCGGCCCGAGAUGCGCGAGUCCACCGCGCUCGGCUCGGCGCUGCUCGCGGGCUCGGCGGUGCGCCUGCACGGUUGGGACAUCAGCAAGCCGGAGACGCUGUCGGAGGUGAACACGAAGGGCAGUCUCGAGUUCACGCCGUCGAUGCCCGAACCCGAGCGGGAGAAACGUUGGCAGGGAUGGAAGCGUGCCAUCGAGCGCUCCAAGGGCUGGGAGGAGGGUGUCGACGAGUAGGCCUUCGCACCGCCUAUCGAGCGUGUUGUUGGCGAGGAAGAGAGAAGCAGUACGAAUGCUUGUAUACCUAGUAGCCAGUAUCUGUAUAACGACACACAUGUAGUAUUGUUGGCGACGGAGAUGAGUAUAUGUAACUUAUCUAGUUUGGUUCCUACCGGUAGCGCGCUAUCGAGCCAAGUCG